AUGAAGAAGAAGCCUUGCGCACCCUUCGGCGCGGCGGUGCGGCCUUUCGGUCGUCUUCCAGCCACCCCCGUGGCGAACCUGGUCCGCCAGGCGGAGCGGGACACAACGGCCGAAGUCGAAGGUGAGAAGCUUGCCGUCAUACCGCAUGGAAUUGGCAGCAUCCGGAAGCUUUGGGAGCAACGCUGCGCCGAAGAGGAACCUCUUCCGCAAAGUGGUGGGUCACCACUUGGUACUUGCCACGGUGAUCUUGCCUUGUCCACGGCGCCGGCCAUCUCACAGCCAAGGGAGGCUCCUGCCUCGGUGUCUCGGUCACAGACAUCAGUGGCCAACACCGUCGCCGUGGGACGUCUGACCGAGGAGCCACCUUUUCAAGAAGGACCUGGGCCGAGAGACAGGCCUUGCAGGCCUUUGUGGGCUGAGCAGAUCUACGCACUUCCUGAGUUUGUCCAGCGCAGGGCAGACUCGGCUCAACGACGCAAGGCAACACAAGAUUCGGGCCGGUUGGGAGUUUCAGAAAAACUCGCACCCUGGUAA